AUGCCCUCUCCUUGUGUGAAGUGCAGCCAAUCUCACCCUAUGCUCAGGACUCUGAUAUGUCGUGAAACCAUCGCAACAAUCCUGGCCGGUCUGCACCGCGGAUACAUACGCAAUUCGAGCUUCGACGUUCAACCUCCAGUCAUGGACUGUCGUGGCAAAAAUGCCUUUGUAAGAGAGCCACGUCGAGGUCUCCAGAUUAAUAUGGCCAACCACUCGCGCCGGCGACUCUUGGGAUUUGGGGCACGUGUCAAAGAAUUCCAAUAUUUACGAUGUGAUGAUCUAUUUGACAAACAAUGGUCAUUGGAGGGGCUCUGGAGACGUAAUGGAGAACAAACGGACUUUCAAAACAGGGUUAUCGCGGAGAAAGAGUGCAAGCGGAGAACGCCGGAAUCGGUCUUCUUAGGCCAUGCCGUAACCGGCGCUUGA